UAGAAUCCCACUUCUUCAAAAGAAAAAGUCUUCCGAUGCACACAUAAAAUUCACUCCAAAUAUUUUAAAUUUACAUCAACCCUCGCUCAAUUUUGAAGCUUUGUUAAUAAUCAUACUUAUUUUGCAAUGGAGAAAGUAAUGGGAAACCCUAAUUUCAACAAUUCAAUCCAAUCUGAAACUGCUGAAUUGAAGAAAAUUGAUGACAAAGUUCUUCAAGAAUCUGGCAAUGAUUUACCAAAAACAUGCACCCCACGUCGGCUUAAUCUCCCCAACGCUUUCAAUUUCCCUGAAAGGUAUAGAAGUCCAACAGAUUCAGUGGUGUCGCCUGUUACAAGAGGUCUUCUUGCAAGAGACAGGAAAGCUGGCGGUUCUCUCUUGCCACCUAGUAUUAAUCAAGCCAAGAUUCAUGAAUUGCGAGUUGAAGAAAUAGGUCUUUUUUCAGAGUUGAAGAAGUGAUCUGUGGUAUGGAUUGAAAAAGCAAAAAUCAUGUAGAUUCUUAAACCUAUUCCUUUGUAUUUCUUUUGAUCCAUUUUAUUGUAGUUUUUGAAAUGUAAUUUGAACAUAUUUGUUUCAUGCGAGACUAUCGAAAUUGGUGAAAA